AUAUCUGCACAUCAUAUUAACUGAGAAUAGAACUAUAACUUUGAAUGCAUGAUUCAGCCAAAUUUUUUUAUAGUCCUUUUUGGAGCUACAGAAGUUUUUCUCUUGGCCAUUAUGUCCUAUGACCAUUAUGUGGCCAUCUGCAAACCCCUGUAUUAUGUGACCAUCAUGAAUAGCAGAGUCUGCAGGGUUCUCAUCCUCUGCUGUUUGGUGUCUGGCUUAUUGAUUAUCCUACCACCCUUUGGUUUGAGCCUCCGUCUAGAAUUUGUCAUUGACUAUUUUGUCUGUGAUGCUUCUCUAAUAUUGAAGAAUUCAUGUUCAGCCAUAUGGUUCAUAGAACAGCUGGUUAUGGUUUGUGCUGUGCUGACCCUCAUAAUGGCCCUUGUGUGUGUAGUUCUGUCUUACAUAUAUACCAGUAAGACCAUUCUAAAUUUGCCUUUUGCCCAACAAAGGAAAAAAGCCUUUUCCACCUGUUCUUCCCACAUAAUUGUGGUUUCCAUCACCUUUGGCCGCUGCAUUUUUGUUUAUAUCAAACUUUCAUCAAAGGAUGAAGUGUACAUAAAUAAGGCAGUUUCUCUGCUCACUACAUCUGUUGCUGCUUUGUAUCUAUAG